AUGAUAGUGAAGGUGUCGGAUUGCGAUUGCACACUGUGGCUCCCAGUAUUCGCGCUUCAUUUCCCGCAAACCGCUCUCUUCUAUUCGCUAACCGUCGCCGAGCUCAUUUUGUCGCUCAUCUCGUGCUCUCUGCUCGUUCGCACGAUUCGCGCGAUUUUCUCGAGUUUUGUGUUUCACAAAAAUUUGAAUCUCGUGCUGAUUUGGACGAUUGCAAUGUGGAUCGAAUCGCUCGUCUUCAAAAUUGUUUAUGUGUUUUAUUCGACUGGCAUCGUUGAAGUUGGAAUGUCAGCAAAUCAGACCAAUUCGUGGUAUUCGGAGGACGAUCUAAUGUUUCCAACAAUCAUCCCAAAUUCGACACUCCUGCCGCUACACAUCGCCUGUAUACUUCGAUGGCAUUAUUUCUACUCGUUGGCAUCUCAGAUGUUCUUUUUCGCCGUUGAACGAUGCUGUGCCACAUAUUUCAUACUAGAUUAUGAGCAGAAGAAUCGGAUCUAUAUAUUUUAUUCGAUUUUCAUUGCUUCGAACGCAUUUUCGCUUCCAAUGUCAUUCUUAACCUAUUAUACUUAUAUUCGAUUUACCGCUGCAUUUUCUUAUAUAGCCAUUCCCAACAUUGCUGCGUUUGUGAUGAUCAUUUGCAGUUAUAUAGUGAAUAAGAGAAUAAUGAAGAAAUUUGGUGAAGGCGCCGAUAACUAUACGCUAGCUAUGCGAUUCCAAGCACACGAAAAUAUUAAAGCCAUGAAGCUAAUUCGUCAAAUCAUUUUCUGCGGUUUCAUAUUUGUUAUACUCGGCCUAUCUUGCAUUUUCUUAAUGGUUCUCAACAUUUUCCCAUCGAUCAAUGUGGCAAUUGUGGUUUUGUUCGAGAUCAUCGCGCAUCAAAACAUGCUCAUUUUAUGCCCAGUGUUUUUGAUGGCGGUGAACAAAUGGCGAGAUAAGCCCGCUGAAAAAAUGAGUCGUUCGAUUCAUCAAGAUCAAAACGAGAUUGAAGUCUAUUUUAAACAGUUGAAAACUGCUUGGAAAUAG